UCUGCGCGACUUACUACCUCAACAUGGACACUUGGGAGUAUAAUCUCGUAGAGCUAGCCCCGGAGCUAAAAUCGCUAGAUCUCGCAAUAACACAGGAGGAAUACGACGUCCAACAGGAAGCUCUCAGGAAACAGCAAGAGGUGGGCGACGAAAUUUCACAAGCCUUACGAGUAAAAUCUUCUCCUGCGCAGGAGGAAGAAGCAAAAAGGCUCGAAGACAAGCGGCUGGCUGAAGAAGCCGAGAGGCAAGCCAGGAUCGAGGCACAGUAUCGAGGUAGAGGCUACUUACUUCGGCUUGGAUCUCCAAUGCUAAGCUGGUUCUCGCCGCUUCCAGCGUCCAUCCCGGACGAGAUCACAAGAAAAGUCAACCAGGUUGUUUCGCGCUACAUGGAUGAGAUGCGGGCCGAGUUUGACGCCAAGCUGGAAGAAAAACUCGCCGAGCUGGGGGCUGGAGCUGCAAAAUAGUACUUAAAGUCGUGAAAUACCAUCUUCUGGCUUGUGUACCUCGUCA